AGUGGGUGUUAUCUGAUUAAUUGCUAGCUCAAGACGAUGCAAAUUACAAGGAAACUUAGAAAUGUUUCUAUAGCCGCGGUUUCAACACUGUUCGGUCCCAUCUUUUUACCAAGUAAAGUCAUUCCGCAUGAAAAAGCCAAAGGAAAACUCUGACGUCAUUCUUUUUUUAUUCGGGUAAGAUGCGUCGGAUGUUGAAACAGAGAGGGUGUAAAGAGGGAAAACCCCAGGUUGUUUUUGUUUUUUUUUUUCUUCUUGCCUCGAUCCCAUUUAUUAAAACAUGAACGCCAUCAUCCGUCGUGCUUAUACCACCAAGACCCUUAUUCCUCCUAAUGUUGCCGCUGCUACCAGACUUUCUGGAUCUGCCAAGGAUGGACAAAUUUCUCAAUUAGUUGAUUUCUACAAGAAAUUGCCCAAGGGUGCUGCCGAGGUUGCCAAGCCCGUUGGUCCUUUCGCUCGUUAUAAGGCCGCUUACAUUGAUGGUGAGAAUGCUUCUGUCACUCCUUUGCUUCACCUCAUCUUUGGUGUCUUUGCCAUUGGUUAUACCAUUGAUUACCAAUGUCACUUGAAGCACCACAAGAACGGUAACCACGAUUAAGAAAAAAGAAGUUGUCGUUUUAUACAUAUAAAAAAAAUCCUUGUUUUUGUUUCAUAGCUACUUUAUUUUUCUUUCAUGUACCGGUAAAAAAAAAAGGAUAGAGAGAGGGAGGGUUGCGAGUGAUAAUGUGUCUGCACAUGCUAAUGAGGACAGUACACGGAUGGUUACACCGAUCAUGCAGUAAGAUCGCCCAACGAGUCAGAGGAUAGAUGCCUUCUCCUUACUAACCUUUGGGGGGUUGUGCCUGCAUUACUCUUUCAACAGUCUAAACUAUAAAUUGCAUGUCUUUAAAAGAAGGGGGGGGA